AUGGAAAAUUUAUCCACAGAGUUCAUAUUUGUACUUCAUGGAUUGAAUGACACAAUGGCAAACAAAAAUAUUUACUUUGCAUUUGGUCUUCUUGUCUAUAUUAUAACACUGUUUAUAAAUUUGACACUAGUCAUAACAGUUAUUCUGGAUAAGUCACUUCAUGAACCUAUGUAUCUCUUCUUAUGCAGUUUAUUUGUAAAUGGAAUAUGUGGUGCUUCUGCUUUCUAUCCAAAGAUCCUUGCUGAUCUUUUAUCAGACUCCCAGAUUAUAUCAUAUAUAGCUUGCCAGACACAAACAUAUGUAAUUUUCUAUUAUACCUUGUGUGAAAUCACAUGUCUAACAGUCAUGGCAUAUGACAGAUAUGUAGCUAUUUGUAAGCCUUUGGAAUAUCUAUGCAUUAUGACUCACCAGAAGGUUGUGAAUCUGCUGGCUUUUAGUUGGCUCUUCUCCUUACUGCAAACAGCUAUUGGGGCCAUGCUGACAGCCAGUGUGCCUUUAUGUGGUAAAGACAUUGACAAACUUUACUGCUCUAGCUUGGAAAUUGUUAAGCUAUCCUGUACAGAUGUGAGUAUGAUGGAUUUGUAUGGGAAAUUCCUAAUUGCUUAUCAUGUUUCCGAAGUUACAUUUGUCAUUGUGUCAUAUACACACAUUAUCAGAGUUUCUUUACGGUCCACAUCAGGGAGGGUUAAAUUUAUGCAGACAUGUCUUCCCCAUUUAAUCACGCUCACAAACUUCACUUUUUCCUUACUCUUUGAUAUCAUAUAUUCUCGAUAUCUUAAAAGCCAAGAACAUAAAGCUCUGCACAAUAUCAUGUCUAUGGAGUUACUUGUUGUGCCUCCACUCCUAAAUCCCAUAAUAUAUGGAAUGAAACUGACCCAGAUGCGUCGUCAAUUUGUGAAAAUAUACAGCAAACGUCUUAAAGCAGUGAGACAGGGCUGA